AGUACACAAACAACGAGGAUAUAUUGUUUGGCGACAGUAAUCUGGAAAUUAGAACCUUAUAUUUUGCCUAUCACUGUCGCUGUCAGAUGUCGCCGUAGAUUCUUUACCUUUGUCGGUCCAUUUAUCACUAUCCGUGUGACCCUUGACGAUACUUGUGAAGCGAGAGCGGUGAAUAUUUACACAAAAAGUUAGGCAUUGCCUGACAAGGACGUGACAUCAAAAUGAUGAUCUCAAGACCUCGGAGGACCCGGGAAGUUACCGGGCCUACACCUGCAUCAGUAGCAAUUAAAGCCAGACCACCAAAUGUGCGUCCUCCAGAGUACCUGAUUCUUGAAAGAAGGAAGCAGGAGGAAAAAUUGAGAGCACAUCAAGAAAUGACUAGUUAUAUGGAAGUCUGUGAUUUGAAGAAUGAAUGGGAAAGAUGGACUGAUAGAAAAAUACAGCUAAACACCGUGAAAAGGAGGGUUGAAGGACUUAUGCAGGCAAAUGAAUUCGGUGUUGAAGAUAGGAGAGAGAGGUUGCGAACAAUGUUGAGGAAUGAGGAACAACAAUACCUGGAGGAAAUGACAGCGAAGGAGGAGACAACUAUUGAGAGACAAGCCAAAAUGAGAGAGCGAGCCAAGUUUCUGAAAGAAAAGCGUGAAGGAGAACGACUACAACUUGUGCAGGACAAGCUGGACCAACAGUUCAGGAACCAGUGUGAGGAACUCAGGUCCACACUAUCCAAGAGGCAACAGGACCAGGUGUGUGCUGAGCGCCUGGAUCAACUCCGUUACAAAGAGGAGAUUGAGAUUGAGAAGGCAGCUCAGGACCAGAUGUAUGCUCAGUUAUGGGAGGAAGAUAGACUGAAGAAAGCAGAACGUGAGGAACGUGAGGCCAAAGCACAGCAUGAACGCAACCGUGAAGUUCUGGAUGUUCUUCGUAAACAGAUGGCAGCACUGGAAAAGCAGAAGGAUGAAGAACGUCUGCUCAAGGAUGAAGAGGCACAGCUGCUCAGAGAGCAGGCUGCACUGAGGAAGAUGGAGGAGCAGCAGGCGCAGGCAGAGAAGAUCAGGAAGCAGAAAGAGACACGGGAUAUGCUGGAUCUCUCCCUCAAGAUGAAGAUGAAGAAGAAGGCCAGGGAGGAACAGGAACAGCUUGCAUUUGACCUCAAGAUGCUGGAGCAACUCCUUGAGGAGUCCAGAAAUGAGGCAAUGGAACAGAUGCAGAGGAAGAGAGAAGCGCAAAGAGAGGACCGCCGUUACCGUGACUACCUGGCACAACUUAUGGCAGAGGAGAAAGCCAAGGAGAUUGAGUUAGAGCGCUUGAUCAAUGAGGAGGUGGAGAAGAUGUGGCAAAAGAGGCUAAAUCAGUGGAAGCUGGAGAGGCUGGCCCGCAAAAAGCUGCUACAGGAUGUACUUGAUGGACGUGCGGUGCAGAUCCAGGAGAGAUUGGCACAGAAUGAGCUGAGGCAGCUCGAGGCGCAGCGGGAGAAGGAGGAGCUAGUCCGCAUCAUCGAGGAGAACAAAUGUCUCGAGCAGGAGAGGGCAGAGAAGCUCUGGCAGCGGAACAUGCAGUACCAGCAUGACCUGGAGGGUCAGAUCGACCAUAACAAUCGCAUGAGAGAUGCUCAGAUACGGAGCCAGGAGGAGGAAGAUCGGCUUGGCAUGCAGGCUGAGCGCGAGUAUCAGGAGAGAAUCAAGAGUGCACUCAAGAGUGUCCAUGUUGAGAACAUGCAUCCAUUCCGUCGGCAUCUCAUGGCAAUGCAGAAUCAGGCAUAGAGCCUUUUUGGAAGGGAGAUAACUGUGGCUAAUUGCUUUUGACAAAUAGGAGGACAUGCAAUACUAAAAUUCAUAUUUCUUGCAAGUCUCAUGUGAGGUCAAUAUUUAGAGCUGUUGUGUCCUUUGAAGUGUUAUUACUUUUUAAUUGUACUGCAAUGUACAUUGUAUUUAUAGAUGAUGAUAAAUAUGCAGAUUUUAUUGUCUAAUAAUAUUUUUUAAGCGUCAACUCCGUCCAGUAAGAUUUUUGCUGUUAUAACCGACAUCAUCUGUCCUGAUGCAUCUGUUUAUGGUUAUCAUGAUGAUGGUAUUAUUGAAUGAAUGUACAUGGACUAGAAUACCGCAGACUGUUUUCUACUAAAUAUUUAGGUCCACUUGCAUCCAAAGUUGAAAAAUGUCGUAAUGUUCCUUAAGAAGUAUUAUCAAGCUUUGGGCAGUGUAACAUUAUGCAAAUCAAUGCACAGUUUAGAAAUGUUAGAUUCCAGAAUCUCCAGUGUUCACAAUUGUACAAAGACAAAUAGAAGGUAAUCUCAAUUUCACUUAUGAAGCUUCAUGGUUUCAUUCAUAUGUAUCCAGGGGAGGUGACAUAUUUGCAUUUUCUGACUUUCUCACUAGCAAAACUGUCUAUCAAAUGAGGAUUAAUUAGUAGGUAGUGAUAUAUCUGAUAUGACAUGAUAUGAAAUCCAACUAAAUCUAACUGGUGUUCACACAUCAGGAGGGUGAAGAUUUGACAGUCUGGACACAAACCAGUGAAUCUGUUUGUCCUUAUAUUGUUUGUUGAUGUUGUUUGUAAAGAUGUUUGUACACUCUGUGUAUGAUCUCUGCUGAAUUCUACUUCCAUCCUUGUUUCUUGUUACAUGAAGUUUGCAAGCAUGAGACUAUCUGUCCCUGUGUUGGUCAGGCACAAUUCAAGUCAUAACAAAAGCAUUAUUUGCUCAGAAAAAUGUGCAGAAGUUUUCAUGAACUGUACUUAUUUAAUAUUUUCCUCACUCACAAAUUCACAGUAACUGAAAUUUAACAUAGGCUGAGGUUGAUACAAAUCUAUUCACGAGUGCAAGUUGUAUAUAUUUGACACGACCAUGCAAUUCAAAUCUGUUAUGAUAUGUGUAUGUGCAUUCUUUGUUGAAUUAUAUAAAUGACCAUAUCUUAAAUUUACAAUUGUAAAUAAAGUAUAUUUAUAUCAUA